AUGAGGCCUGGAGAUGAUAAGAUUACUGGACUUCGGACAAGGUCUGCCAAGGUGGCCCAGUUUCACUUGAAAUAUCUUGGUCUCGGCCCUAGAAUUGCAGUGGAGUGGCCACUGGCCAGAUAUCCAACAUUCGAAGUUCAAACUGCAUUCUACAGAAAUUCAGAUGCAAUCGCUUCUUAUGCUGCCUUGAGUUCGCAUGUUGAUUGA